CCUCGCCUAUUCCCAAGUUCUUCCAGUUUCCAGCCACAACACAUCAAGGAGCGACAAAACUAGGAGAAAAAAAGGACAUUAUUAACAAAAUGCCGUCUAGUAAGAAACUGCUGCAUUUCUUGUCAAGUGCUUUUCUCUGUGGUGCUGGAGUGGCCGUGUUGGGUUAUGGGAUGUCGACGAACUGGGCCUCGGCCCGUAUGGAAUGUGCACCGCUCGACAGUAAAGAUUUCAAUGGAUCCUCCCAUCUCGAAAUCGGCCUUUUCAAUGGCACGGAGUCUAAAUUAAAGUGUCCCAGGAUUGACAAACUUGGACAAAAUGUUCAGGUGUUUGAUCGUCUGGCCAAAUUAUCAGGAGCUCCGGUUAUUCUGCACGGUCUGGUGGUGAUUCUGUUGGCUAUGGCUCUUCUGGGGUCUGCGGGCAGUAUUCUGGUCACACUGUACAACAGCUUCAGUAACCCAUAUCAGACCUACAUGGGACCAGUUGGGCUUUACGCAUGCAGUGGGCUCAGUGUAUGUGCAUCCACCCUGUCGCUGAUUUUCUACGUGUCAAACGCAUUUCUGGGCGAGAUGUUUGAGACUCUGGUAAAAGCCGACGAGGCCAACGUACAGCUACAGAAAAACGAAAUUACCUUGCAGUUGGGUUUCUAUCUUCUGAUCCCGUACAUCUGUGUAAACCUGCUGGCCAUCCUUGUGGUCUAUCUGUACGUCAACGCCAUGUACACACGCCGCAAAGAGCAGGAGAAACCAACAGAGGAUGCACCCAUAGACAUCAUGCUCUUCUAAAGUCAGAAAACACCACAGAUUAGUUAACCCGGAUGUUGAUUUUCAGACUGGAGCUGAAAUGAGUCCAUUAUUCUCAAACUGUAACAUUAAUAUGAAAUUGCAAAACUGAACUUUGUUUAUAACCAAAAAAUUGUAUUUGUUAAAUAGACUAUUACCAGUGUUUCCCAACCCUGUUCCUAAAGGCACACCAACAGUAUACAUUUUCAACCUCUCCCUGUUCAAACACACCUGAAUUAACACAUCAGAACAGAAGAGACUCAUUCAUUCAUUCAUUUUCUUUUAACUUAGUUCCUUAUUUAUCAGGGGUCGCCACAUGAACCGCCUAGAAAAGACUCCAAAACCUGAAAUGAACGGGUCAGAUAAGGAAAACAUCCAAAAUAUGUACUGUUGGUGUGCCUUUAGGAACUGGGUUGGGAAACACUGGAUUAUACAUAUACCAUGAAGCCCAUUUGAAGUAUUUGGACAUGGCAUUGCACUACAAAAGAGGGUCUUUUAAUAAAAUAGGUGCACCUGUUGUGCAUUUUAAAGGGAUAGUUCACGCAAAAAUUAAAAUUUACAGUGAGUGUUUUACUAUAAAAUAUGUAUUCAUGCUGUGCAUCUUAAAGGGAUAGUUCAGGCAAAAGUUAAUUUACUUACACUGUAAAAAAAAAAUGCUGGGUUCCAUAUUAUCCCUUCAUGUCAUUCCAACACAAAAUUGAUUGAGUUAACUUAUUGGUUUUUAUAAAUUUAAGUUGAUCGAACAUAAAACUAUUAAGCUCUGCCCCCCCCAAAAAGCCUCAAGAACUGCACUGUAAAAAUGCUAAGUUCCAGAUAAUUCCUUCAAGUUGUCCCAACCCAAAUCGAUUAAGUUAACUGUAUCUUGUUUACAAAUUUAAGUGGACGGAACUAGAGUUGUCACGAUAUGGGAAUUCGGUACCAAUUGACACUGAAGUUUUAAAAACGUCCAUUUCCUGAUAACAUUUGAGCACGUUCUUAAAGACCAAUGAUUUGCCAUUGUGUUCUUGUGCUCAACAGAAAUGACUGUGAUUGGCUGUGAAGGUCAUCACUUCACCGAACUCACCGCUGUUUACUGAGUGUAAAAUACAGGGACACUGGAGCAUUUUAAAGCUGUGAAGAUCAGUCGAUUCAUCAGCGGAUCACUCGUAUGUCAGCUUAUAGACAAAAAACAGCUGAUCUUUGUGGCCUUAAAACUCUCCAGUGACCCUGUAUCUGUGUUUACACUCAGUAAACAGCGGUGAGUUCGGUGAACUGAUGAACUUCACGACCAAUCACAGUCAUUUCUGUUGAGCAUGUGAACACAAUGGCAAAUAAGCGCUGUUUAAGAGCUCAAGUGCUCUAAUGUUGGCGGGAUAUGAACGUUUUUAAAAGGUCAUCAGUUCACCGAACUCACCGCUGUUUACUGAGUGUAAAAUACAGGGACACUGGAGCAUUUUAAAGCUGUGAAGAUCAGUCAACUCAUCAGCGGAUCGCUCGUAUGUCAGCUUAUUGACAAAAAACAGCUGAUCUUUGUGGCCUUAAAACUCUCCGGUGAACUGAUGACCUUCAAGACCAAUCACUGUCAUUUUUGUUGAGCAUGUGAACACAAUGGCAAAUCAGCGCUGAAAAGAGCUCAAGUGCUCAAAUGUUAGCGGGAUAUGAACGUUUUUAAAACUUCAGUAUCGAUUGGUACCGAAUUCCAGUUUCGUGACAACACAAGACUGAACUGAAAAAAAUUAUGUUGUCCCAAAAAAAACUUAAGAAUUGUGUUGUUUCAACUUCAACUCACUUAUUUAAACAAGUAGUUUGAAAAAGCAGCAAAAAAACCAACAACAACAUUUGAGUUUAGUAUUGGCUCACCCUCAUUUGUUUUCAAACCUUUAUUCGCUUCUUUUAUUAUUAAUAUAUUUUGAAAACCAAAAGUAACCACUGGCUUCCACAGUAUUUGUUUUCUUCAAAAUAACUUAUUUUAUUGUUUCUAAUAAGUCAUAAAGGUUUGAAACAAGUUAUGACAGACUUUUUUAUUGGCAUUUCACAAGACCACCAAGAGUAGUACACGGGAAAAAAAUGAAGACUCCUUGGAUUUACCAUUUUUUUAAGGUAAGUGGAUGUGAACAAUUUAUUAGGGUUGAAUUUAAACAAACAAAUUAAGUUGAACAUCAAAACAAAUAUUUGUUUGUUUAAAUUCAACCCAUAUCAAUUGAUUGCAACAAUUAUGCAGGAAUAUUUUUUUUCAGUCUAUUUUAUACAGAUUAAGAAAACUUACAGACUGUCUUAGUUUUCUUAUUCACCCACUAUCCCCUCAAAAUAAAACAAAAUAAAAUUAAUUCAUUAAAAACAAAAAGUGUU